GAAUGUGAAGCUGCGGUCCAGUUUGUCAACAACACAGCGGAUGGCACCAACUUUUAUUCACAUUGACUAAACUGACACGGGGAACAGCGAACUGGACCAACUCAACACAGUGACCACAAGAUGUCCAGUAAAGAAGUGAAAGCGGAGCUGAAAAGUGCAAGAGAGGCCAUUAAAAAAAAAGAGUACAAAGAUGCUCUGAGACACUGUAAGGCUGUUUUGAAACUGGAGAAGAAUAAUUAUAAUGCCUGGGUGUUCAUCGGCCUGGCAGCCAGUGAACUGGAGCAACCAGAUCAGUCCCAGUCAGCGUAUAAGAAGGCAGCGGAGCUGGAGCCUGAGCAGCUACUGGCAUGGCAGGGCUUAGCUAAUCUUUAUGACAAGACGGAUCAGUGGGAUUUCAAAGUUGAGCUACCCAACAUUUAUCAAAAGCUUGUUGAUCUAUACGCCAGCUCGGACAAAAAGAAAUGUUACGAGGUGAUCCAAAAGUUGUCAGAUAUUUAUCUGUCUGACAAAGAAUAUUUAAAGCUGGCAAAGGUUUCGCUGCAGCUCAUUCAGCUGAAAGAGGAAGAAGCUGUGGACAAGACAGAGUUACUGCAGCUGUGGCAGGAGAUGAUCAGGCUCCUCUCAGACGGCAUUAAUGAGAGAGAGCAGGACAAUGAAACACAGCAGCAUUUAAUCACAGCUUUUGAGAACACCAUUAUUCUGGUGGACCCUGUACCAGGAGAGAAACACAAGAAGAUCUCAGCCGACUUUAUUAACUGCCUCUCUAAACUGCCGCAAGAAGAAAACAAAUUGAAAAAGGCUUGUGAGUCCAUGCUGAUUCACUACCCCAACCAAAGUUACCCUCUUGAGGUCCUUUGUUCGCAUUACCUCAAAACAGGUAUCCUGAAUGAUGAUACAAUUAGCUGCUUCUCCCGGCUCCUGGAUCUGGCCCCUGACUCUGGGUUGGGUCACUUGGGUCUUGGCACUAAAGCACUUCAGGAAGGAAGAUAUACUGACGCCAUAAAGGACCUUUCACAAGGGUUGAAGAAGAAGAGCUGUAACACAGGAUGGCACAGUCUGGCUGAAGCUCAGUUUAAAGUACACAGAUACUCGGACAGUGCUGCUUCAUGCUGCCAAGGUCUGGCGACGUGUGUUUCUGGAGACAAGGAGCUGAAGGUCAAACUGCUGAGGUUGAAACUGGAGACUUCUGUCAGAAGUGGAGGAGAGAAGGCUGCAGAUGAUGCUUUGGACACCUUUUCACAAAUUCCAGAUGCUGUAAAAGACCAAGUUCUCGUUGCCCUUAAAGGACGUGCAUACUUGAACAAAGGACAGAUUGAUCAAGCACUUAAGGUAUCAUCAGAGCUUGUGGCCUCCAACCCAAACCUGGACCAGGGUUUAGCUCUGAGAGGACUGGUGCAUUCAGCUGAAGGUCAGCAUCAGCUGGCAGAGCAGAGUUUCCUGAAGGCAGCUUCCCUGAGCCCAAACUGUGCAGAGUACUAUUUUUUGCUGGGACAACUUUACUGGGACAUGGGAGAAGAGACCCGUAAAGACAGAGGCAAAGCUCAAACACACUUGCUAAAGGCAGCAAAGAUAGAUCCACACCUCGGCUGUGUUUUUCGCUACCUUGGGCAUUACUACAGGGAGAUAGCUACCGAUCGUGGUCGUGCACGAGGCUGUUAUAAGAAGGCCUUUGAGUUGGACAAUGAGGAUUCUGAGUCUGGAAGUGCCUCAGUGGAUCUCAGUAUGGAGCAGGAGGACAUGGACACUGCCUUAGCAACACUGGAGUCAGUGAUCGAGAAAGCCACUCCCGGUUCAGCUAAAUGGGCCUGGAUGAGACGAGGCCUUUACUACCUGAAGGUUGGGGAGCAUCAACAGGCCGUCUCUGAUCUUCAGGCAGCUCUGAGAGCAGACCCAGACGACUGGGUGUGCUGGGAGUGUUUAGGCGAAGCCUACCUAAACCGCCGGAGCUUCACGGCUGCGCUGAAGGCCUUUGGUAAGGCCCAUCAACUUCAGCCCUCUUCCAUCUACAGUGUUUACCAGGCUGCUGCGAUCAAACAGACCCUGGGCAAGUUCAAAGAGGCGGCCGCAGAGUACUUACAGAUCACAGCACAGCAGGACUAUGUUCCUGCUCUUAAAGGACUCGGGGAGUGCCAGCUGUCUCUGGCAAAAUGUUUGUUGGAGGACUGCAGAGAUGGGGGAGCCAUUGACCUCAUUCAGCAAGCUAUUAAGAACCUCUUCAGAGCCGUGGAGCUGCGUCCAGGCCUGUCCUGCUUGUGGAAGCUGCUGGGAGAUGCCUGCACUGCAGUCAGCAGUGUUUCAACAAACAGAGCACAAGUUAUUGUGCCCGCCCUGUUGGCUGGUUUAGACCCCAACUCAGGGAGCCAUGUGCUGAACCAGGCCCAGACACUCAAGGUCGGCGAGAGGUGCUAUGCUCAUGCUUUGAAGCUGACGUCUGAAGCCCCCAGCCUUUGGUAUGACUUAGGACUCAACUAUUAUCACCAGGUUAAACUGCCAAUUUCUUCAGAAGGAGACCAGAGCUCCCAAUCUCAGGUCCUAGAGAAAGCCCAGCAGUGUUUUAAGAAGGCCAUCAUGAUGGACUGUGAGAACCAUAGCUACUGGAAUGGCCUGGGGGUGAUUUCCAUGAACAAAGGUCUUGAAAACCUUGCUCUGGCUCAACAUUGCUUCAUCAAGUCCAUACAAGUUGAGCCAAAUAAUGUGGUUGCCUGGACAAACCUUGGGACCCUCUAUUUGAAGAAGGACAAUAUAGAGCUCGCACACGAGGCCUUCAAGAUUGCUCAGUCCUUGGAGCCACUGUAUGUCAACUGCUGGAUUGGACAGGCGCUGAUAGCAGAGAGAGUGGGAAGCUACGACACCAUGGAUCUUUUCAGGCACACCACUGAACUCAGUACACAUGUGGAGGGAGUUAAAGGUUAUGCCUUCUGGGUAUGUUCCACCUUGCUAGAUAAGAGCAACAGAGACUCUGAACUGUACCGCUACAACAUAGUCCAGAUGAACGCCAUCUCUGCUGCUCAGGUGGUUCUCUGCAAGUACACAGAGAGGAUCCAGUCUGACCCUGAAGCCUUCAUUAUGCUGGGAUAUCUGAAUGAGCAUCUGCAGCUGAAGAGACAGGCCUUACAGGCUUACCAAAGAGCUGUUGAACUACUGAAGGCCACUUCCUCGGCAGAAGAACUGGCUUUUGCUCUGGGCAGCUAUGGCCGCGCUCUGUGCACCUCAGGCCACUGGGAUGAUGCGGUGCAUGUUUAUAAUUCCACUCCACUGCAGGAGCUCAGCGAUCUGACUGGGUUGGCUCUGGCCUACUGGAGAGCAGGACUCAUUCCAGAGAGCACCAACGCAUAUGAGCGUGCCUUGGCUGUGGCGUCCAGUGAGAAGGAGAAAGCUUACAUCCUGACAGCUCUGGCCCUGCUGCAGCACCGGCAGGGCAACCUGGACUCAGCCAAGACUCUGCUGUUUAAAUGCUCAAUGUUAAAGGAGCCCAUCUCCGAGUCUCUGCUGUGUUUAUGUGCCCUCGGGUUGGUCCACGGUGAUGUUACGCUAGCUGCUGCCGCCCUGACCGAGCUGCUGAAGCAAGGUUCAGCCACUGGGAGUGUUGUAGAGCAGCGUUGUUUACUCACCUGCACCUUGCUGGCCCUGAAGGGCAACUACAGUGCAGUGCAAAGAGAGGCCUCCAGAGCUGUACACAGCAAUCCUGGAAACCCCUCGCUGUGGGCGCUGCUGUCCAGAGUGAUACCACAAUACUAUCCCAGGAAGGCAAAUGGUGGAGCAGUGGCUGGUCACGUUGCCUGUCUCUCCAGUAUGACCCAAGGAAAGAGGGCGCUGUUGUACAGUGGGGUGAACCAGCUGGCUAGCGGAAGACACUCAGGAGAGGACGUUCACAGGAAUGCGCUGAAAACUAUGCAGAGAGCUGUGCUGCUCUGUCCCGAUGAUCCAUCAGCAUGGGCGGGAUUAAUGGCUGCCUGUCACACAGAAAACACAGCCUGCUAUCUCUCAGGUGCUGCUCCCUGCAGACAAGGGCUGGAGAAAACCCUCAUGUCAGUGGUUUCUGAGAAAGUGCGUAGUGUGGAGGAGAUAGAGCGCCCUCUAGCCCAGUCUCUGGAGGGUUGGGUACUACAACAGGCAGUGACUGGUCUCAUGUUAGGGGGACAGCUGGAGCAAGCAGAAGCCCUCUGCUCACAGGUCCUAAAUGUUUCACCAGAACACCCAGCAGUGAUGCUGUCACUGAGACAGGUGCAGUGUCAGCGCCUCCUUGUGGCCGAUGGCGGUAAUGUCCUCCCAGACUCAGUUCUGGAGCAGCUUAGCAACACGGUGAUGCUGAACCGCACCAACCUCGGGGCAUGGCAUUGGCUAGCUGAGGUGUAUCGUGGGCAGGGUCUGCUGGUGCAGGCGGUUAUGGCUUACAGGCAGAGUCUGCAGCUUGCCUUACAGCUCGGCCUGCACAGCGGCCAGGUGGCCAGCCUCCUCCGAUUGGCCCUGCUAGCUCUAGAACCUUGUAUGGCAGGGGCCCCAGGAAACGAGUGGAAGGACCUGGUAGUAGAAGCCACGACUGAGGUUUUGAAGCUGGGCUCAUCCCCUGUGGCUAGCCUCUUCCAGGCCCUGCUCCAGUAUGUGACCAAGAUGGCAGCUAGGGAAACGAGACGGUUGCUGGAGAGGCUGGUGUACGCUUCCUCUCAAGACCUGCCAGUGACGGUGGUGCAGGUGGCCAGCUGGUACUUUCUCAGACACCUGUAUGCCAAAAAUGACCCGGAGCUGAUUAAUGUGCUCUUGCAACAUGCCAAAAUGAAGGGAGAUCAGAGACUGUUGGAAUUCAAUUCACUCCUGGCCUCGUCCUGAGUUUUGCAAACCCACAAAUGCAUCUCAAUGAAGUCCUGUUGCAUUAUGGGGCUUUAUUCUCUGAACUAAUCAUGAGUCUGAUAUCAUAAAUAGGACAUUAACUAGCUUGACGGGAUUCUUUUGUUGUACAUUAUACAUUGUUCAGAAAACCCACUCAUAGUUUUUCGAAAUGUAACCAACCUCCACCUUCAGGCUGAAAUAAAGGUAUUCUGCUCAACUUCUAAA